GCAACUACAAUGGAAAUAAGCGUGAGAAAUCAGCUGUUAAAUUGUUGAAGCUUUUCAAGAUGUCACAUCAUGACGACUGAUAAUACCAAAUUUGGUGACCUUUUGUGUGAUAAAAACCUUGGCAGAUGUGAAAGAUAAUUUAUGUUUGAUGGUUGGCCAUGUCCAUAUCUAAAAAAGGAACUAAAGGGAAAGGAAAUGAUGCUGUAGCUUCAAGACUUGCUGAUUUUACUGGUGAAAAAGAAAUUCCUAUUGCUGGACAACCCAAAAUGUCGUCAUUGGAACAAGACGAUGCUAAUUCUGGACCAGAAUUUGACCCGAGUGUAGAGGCAUUAUCAAAUUCUAUAGAAUCUGCUGGAAUCAGAGAUGGAAAGGAAAAGAAGAGCAGUACAGGUAAUUCUGUCCCAAGUCAACAACAACCCCAACAGAAAUCGGUGUGUCUGCAGGAGCCUGGACAACUGAAACCUAAACCCAGCAGCAGCAAAAAACCUGUUAAGGCUGACUUAGACGUUGGCAAAGUAUUCAAGAAAUGCAAAGAAGACCAGUCAACACGACUUGACCUUAGUAAAUCACAGAUUACUGUGAUUCCACCAACAAUUAAAGAGUUGGUACACCUGAAAGAGCUGUAUCUCUAUGGAAACAAGAUUGUACAGCUGCCCAAUGAGAUUGGUUGCCUGGUGAACCUGGAGACGUUCGCAUUGAAUGAAAACUCCUUGACAUACCUGCCCGAGACGAUGGCAAACCUUGACAAGUUACGACUGCUCGACCUCCGACACAAUAGGCUAACAGAGAUACCCGAAGUUGUCUACCAGUUGAAGUCUCUCACCACCUUGUUAAUACGAUUCAACAGGAUUAAGACUGUAGGAGAUGGGAUUAGGAAUUUAACAAAUUUGACAAUGUUCACUCUUCGAGAGAACAAGAUACGCGAACUGCCGAAGGGCAUCGGAUGUCUGGUCAACCUGAGCACGUUUGAUGUGUCCCACAACCACCUUGAACACUUGCCACAAGAGAUUGGUGACUGUGUAUUGCUGAGCUCACUGGACCUCCAGCACAAUGAGCUGCUCGACAUCCCAGAAACGCUUGGCAACCUUAAAUCCCUUACUAGGCUUGGCCUCAGAUAUAAUCGUCUGAUGUGUGUUCCUGCCUCCCUGGCCAACUGUACACUCAUGGAUGAGUUCAAUAUAGAAGGAAACAAUGUUUCAGUACUGCCGGAGGGUUUGUUGUCUAGUCUGACAAGUUUGAAGGCUUUCACUGUACCUCGAAAUAAGUUCCACGCCUACCCGACGGGCGGACCUUCACAGUUUGUCUCUGUUGAGUCGAUCAACAUGGAGCACAAUCAGAUCAACAAGAUUCCGUACGGGAUUUUCUCCCAGGCCAAAUGUCUUUCCAAGCUGAACAUGAAGGACAACCAGCUCACAUCUCUACCUCUUGAUAUUGGACAGUGGACAAACAUGGUUGAGCUGAACCUGGGUACCAAUCAGCUCACUCGCAUUCCUGACGACAUCCAGAACCUUGAGAAACUCGAAGUCCUCAUCCUUAGUAAUAACUUGUUAAAGAGACUUCCAGCUUCAAUAGGAAACUUAAAAAAGCUGCAAGUUUUAGAUUUAGAAGAAAAUAAAUUAGAAUCCCUCCCACAAGAAGUAGGCCAAUUGCGAGAGUUAAGGAGAUUAAUAGUACAGACAAAUCAACUGACCUCAUUACCAAGAGCAAUUGGGUGUUUAAGUAACUUACAAUACUUAGGUGCUGGGGAAAACCACCUCUCUUCCAUACCCACAGAAAUAGGUGCUCUAGAAAGUUUAGAAUCCUUGUACAUAAAUGACAAUGCAGAACUCCACUCCUUGCCGUAUGAGCUAGCUCUCUGCUAUAAUCUGCAAAUUAUGAGCAUUGAGAACUGCCCGCUUAGUAAACUUCCUCCUGAAAUAGUUGCAAGGGGCCCCUCAUUAGUUAUACAAUUUUUGAAAAUGAACGGACAGUAUUGCCAAAUGUGAGAUGAACGCUGACAGUUUUGUGAUAUGUGUUGCCAUGACAACAGUUUAUAGUGCUCUGAUUCAUGGGAUUUGCAAGCCAAGUCCCAGGAUUUACAUUGUGGAUGUAAAGGCUUGUCCAUUGAGAGUUGGAGGAUAUACACAGCCACAUACAAAGGAUAUCCCUGUGGUGAAGAACAUAAAAUGUGCGUGGCCAUUUCCUCGCUUCAUUUCUAUUUCUGUGUGAACACUCACAGUUGUGGAAGAAGCCCUGCAUUAAAAUUCCAGCCACCUGUUUUCAGUGAAGUGAGAUACUCCAUGACUGUUGAGGUUGUUAGUGUUUUUGUGUUUACAAGCUGUUCCAUCAUGUUGUUAGUUUCCAUGGUUUCGAGAACUGAGCUGUUCUCCAUACCAGACUGUACUCACUGUUCAUGUUGUUUAGAAUCAUCAUGUUCUGAAUAUUCAGUCAUGUUUGCAACAUUAAAAGUAAUUAGUUAAAGUAUUUCAGUGGACUGAACAGACCUUUUAUAUUGAAAAUGUGUUCAAUGUGCAUAUUUCGUUUUAAGUAACAUAAAAUGUGAUUGUUGAAUUUUUAUUGCAUAAAUUUAGUUUUUAUACCCCCACAAGCGAAGUUUGAAGGGGUAUAUAGGAGUGAGCUUGUCGGUCGGUCUGUCGGUUUUCAUGGUUUCUGGACGAUAACUCAUGAAAGGCUAGACAGAUUUGAAAAAAUUUUGGUACACAGGUGUAACAUCAGAAGAUACAGGUCAAGUUCGAUAUUGGGGCUGGUGGGGCCAAGGUCAAGGUCACUAUUACUAAAAAUAGAAAAACGGUUUCCGGACGAUAACUCAUGAAAGGCUAGACAGGUUUGAACAAUUUUUGGUACACAGGUGUAACAUCAGAAGAUGUAGGUCAAGUUCGAUAUUGGGGCUGGUGGGGCCAAGGUCAAGGUCAUUGUUACUAAAAAUAGAAAAACGGAUUCCGGACGAUAACUCAUGAAAGGCUUGACAGAUUUGAACAAUUUUUGGUACACAGGUGUAACAUCAGAAGAUACAGGUCAAGUUCGAUAUUGGGGCUGGUGGGGCCAAGGUCAAGGUCACUGUUACUAAAAAUAGAAAAACUGUUUCCGGACGAUAAAUCAUGAAAGGCUUGACAGAUUUGAACAAUUUUUGGUACACAGGUGUAACAUCAGAAGAUACAGGUCAAGUUCGAUAUUUGGGCUGGUGGGGCCAAGGUCAAGGUCACUGUUACUAAAAAUAGAAAAAUGGUUUCCGGACGAUAAAUCAUGAAAGGCUAGUUUUUCUUGUCAGCAGUGUAACUUCUAAAUUACUUAACAGAUUUAAAUAAAACAAUACAUGCAUGAUAAAAGAAGAUGCAGGUUGCAGUAACCUUGGAGUUAUGGCCUCUUUUCAAAGGAAUGGUUUGCCAUUCCUGUGUCCAGGUGGCAUUUGGGGGUAUUCGUCACUCCUGUGACAGCUCUAGUUACCGGUAACUUGAGAAGUAAUAACAAUACAUUGGCUGACUAUUUGGAUAGACAUAAUCUUACAUUCCUUCUUAAUUUUUGGUUUUAAAGUACAAUUUGAAUUAGGAAUGAUGAAUUGUGGGCAAUAUUUAGGAUUUUUGUGCCAUAAAUUUACACAUCUCGACAUACAAGAAAUAUGCAAAAUGUUAUAAUUAUCAAAGGUUGCAUGUUUUGUUAGGAUAAGUUGAUAUCUGUUCAUUGAAUUUAAUUUGAUACAUGAUUGUUAUCAAUGUUAAUCUGUAUGUUUUGUUAUUACUUAGGGUAUAAAUACAACUUAAGGUUAUAAAAUAUUUUGAUGGAAUGUUUGAAUUCUUAUUUUCUCAUUCAAAUUUUGUUACGGUAUGCUUAACUCCGGCCUGCAUUUCAAACUUUUAUUAAAACAACUGAUUUUGUUUUUUUGUUAACCUAUGCAUGCUAUGAAGAGCCAUACAAUAUUUUUAAUAAUCAUGCUUUAUUGAACUUUCACUGAAAUCAUUGAGUUUUAGUGAUAUAUAAUUAAUAUGUGAAAAUGUGUUGUCCGUAUAUUUUCGUUGUCAUCAUUUUAUUUGGGGAGUUUUAUGACUUCAAGUUCUGUGUUAUUUUUCUGUGGAGGCCAAGACAGAGUCUACUCCCUCCAAUUGUAGUUAACAAUACACAGAGAUGUCAAAGUUGAGGAUUAAUCCGGGAAUUAGGAUUGAAAGCUUUCAAUUCCAGACUAUCCUUCUGUUGUAAUGUUUGUUUUUGCUGGACAUUUUCAGUUAAACAGUAAGGAGUACCUAAAAAAAAUUAAAUGGAUAUUUAUUGGCUUAGGAAACAAUUUCAACAGUUGUUAUACCAGAGGUCGACCACAGCUCUCAGUGAACUGAUAUUGUCUUAAUCUGUUAAACAUUUAUAAAAGAUUCUGUUCACGAUAGUAGGAAAUACACGUGUCUUUGGUACUGUGAUUGGCUGUGUUGGAUCUAAUUAGUCAUUUAUUUGAUUGUACAUGAGUUUUAUAGGAACCUCAAUCUACUCAUUCAGUAACAGCCACAUUCUGUGUUCAAAUUUUCCUUGAUUAACAGGUAAUCAAUAUUUUUUCUUGGCAAAGAACAAUGUUCUUAUGAUUAGUUAUUUUCGCUAUAAAGGCAGUAAUGGUAAUGACUCUAACAUUUAUAACUAUACUUUGGAAAUCAUCAUUUGGCUUUUGCCUUCCAUACAUGCAGUAACUGUUGUGCUGUUGAGUACAAUAGAUACUGUAUUUCCCCGACUAUAAGGCGAUCCGCUUAUAAGACGACCCCCUAACUUUGCACAUGAAAUCUGGCAUUUUUGUCCAGACUGGUUUAUAAGACGGGGUCAAUUUUUAAAGCAAAUCCAGCACUUGAAUAUCUCCAAACCUGUAGUAAUGUUCAACCUAAACAGUCAAUUAUCAACUAAAUUUGUUCAGUUGCUUGGAAGAAAAUCGCUGAUUUAAUGUCAACUGUGAACUCUCUAAUGUGGAGGUAGGUUAAUAAUAGAACAACGUUACUCGGUAAAGGAUUUAUUUAAUUUUUUCGUACAGCCAAAGGUUCAUUCAUGUUUGUAGUAAACUCAAAUAUAUUUGCCAUGAUUUGAAAGUUCUCAGACGAGGAUUAUUGAUUUUUAUUUUUCCGAUCGUAUGGUACAUGUAUGUUCUAACCAGCUUGAACGCAAUCUUGGGAGUAAAUGGGGUUAUACGGUAAAGGCUGACCUAUUUAAAUACAAACCACUGCCAUGCACCUUUGAUGUUUACACAGCUCGUGCUGUGAUGUCACAAAUUGUACCGUUUGAUCUGCAGCCGACAAACAAACAAAUAACCAUUGAUGAUUGCGGAUAAAUUAGUGUAUAUUAAACGAUUAAUGAAAUGUGAAUUGAAGCAUGCCAGUAAGUAGGCAUGAUAUAUGCAUAGCCUAAUCGUAAGGAAAAAGUAUGUUUUAUUUCCGACAUGGAAAAAAUAACACAAUGAUUUUUUUUUCAAAAUAUUUUAAGUAUAAAGGCAAUAAAAUGUAUCUCCUAUGAUAAACAAAAUACGUUUUGACCGAUAACAAGCGUUUGCCAAUUAGAAGAUAUCGAGUGUUCAUCGUAGCGUAACAAAGCAGACGGUCGUCUAAAUCCGAUGGGUGUGAUCUUGUCACUUUUAUGGGGGUGUCAUCAGUAGACAAAUAAAUCAGUCAGUCAGAAACUGUAAGGUGAAUAUUACUGAUUCUGACUCUGUUCUUUCUAAAUUUUUAUAGACUCGCCUAUAAGACGGGCCCCCUACUUUGAGGUUAAAAAUCGGGACCCAAUUUCCCCGUCUUACAGUCGAGGAAAUACGGUAACACAAAUACAGCUGAUAAAAUGCAAGGGCUUUUUGUCACAAAGUUUAUAGAUGUCUUGUGUGACUUUCUGUGUUGUAGCGUGUACUAGCUGCCAUGUACAGUUAGCUGCUCUGUUAGCAUGUUUUUGACUGGUGCUGUCUGGCUCACAGUACUGCCAUUAUGUUGAUCACGGUGUAUACUUUUGUUACAUUAUACUGAUAUUUUAUGUUCAAGUCAUUAGUGCUGUUCAUUUUUACAUUAUAUUUUUAAUUAAGUUAUUUUGCUGUUGUCCUGAUGAUAACUUUGUACAAAAUGCUAGUUAAUUGCCUGGUCUGGGCAUUUGUCCAGUGAUAUCUCAAUAUGUUGAUAUGAGACAGUAUUUUACUGUGAAUGAUAUUACUUGAGUACAUUGUGAUCAUGUUAGUGCUACAAUUCAGACAUAGCUUACAUGUUGUGGAGAAAGACAUAACAAAUGUUCAUACAAUGUAUGCUUUAAUCCAUUAAUUUCUUCGAAUUAAUACUGUAAUUAUGUGUCUGUUUGUGUAGUGGUGUAGGGUUUGUGUCCCGAACAAAAGGUCACAGGUGCCAGCCCAACCAGGCACACUUCCUCACAGCCUCUCAAAAUGGACACGAGGACUGCCUAGGGAACAUGCUUCAGUCUUCAUUUAAGAUCCAAAAUAAAUUAGUUUAAACUGUAUUUUAUAUCUAUGAAACACAUACCUCCACUGUUGGCAGUGUACUUGCAUUAAGCAGUCAUUAAGCUUAAGUAAAGCCACUCAUAUUAAAUAGUAAAACAUUAACAUGGCAGUAAGCUAUGUCUGGAUUUUGCACUGUCCGAGUUUGCCUGAUACUGGCUCGUUUCCAUGGUAGUAAGCUAUGUCUUUAUUGUGCUCAGAGCUGAUAAUCAGUUUUGAUUUUAUAUAGAAAUUAGGUAAGCUCUUUUGUUGCUAGUGCUAGGAUUUAUGCAGCUACUUUCUGUACAGUAUUUAGCAUACUAGUGGUACAUGACUACCAUUUCUAAAUACAUGUAAUUUUUCCCUGUUGAGGAUACUUUUAAAAACAUAUUCUUCUAAUUAUUUAGAUGUGUUAUGAAAUAAAAUGAAAUGUUAACAGUAGAUGGCAUUUACAAGAUUAUUGAUUAACUACCUUUGACAUGUUUUGGGGAUAUUUUUUGUCCUAACUUUGUUAAAACAUUUAUCCCAGAUAGAGGAUCUCAACACAAAAAUAGUGUAUGCUUUUUUAUUGUAAACAUAUACUGGUAUGCCGAAAAAAGAAUUAUUAUGAUAGAGCCCUCUAUAAGUUGCAGUUGCAAUUAUAUACCGUCUGAUUGUCUACUCAAAAUGAAACACUUUGUUUUCAAAAGAUGUUCUUAAGAAUAAGUUAAUGGACCUGUUAUAUAUUUUUGUCCAUCAGUCCCAACAUAGUAUUGCAUCUACCUUUUGAUUUACAAGAAUGGAAAUCUGAAAAAGGGCACCGUGAAUAAAUUAUAUUGCUGCAGAAUUGUAUCACUCACUGCAAUUUACGUUUGAUAUGUUAAAAGAAAGUCAUUUGUAUGAAUCUUAUAACUAAGAAGAUAUAUCACAUAAUAUGCAUAAUAAAUUGUAGUCUCCCAAGUCAAGAUAUUUCGACCUUGGUUCCAUUGAACUAGGGGUUAUUGUUUUGUGUGUAUGUUGAUAUGUUGCAGUAGACAGUGGGUGGCCUGUUGGUUGCUCCCUAACACACUGUCAUGUAGUGCUGGUCAAUCAUGUUGUUGUUGUUGUUGUCAGUCAUUCUGAACAGGUGUCUGGUUACAGAUUGAUUUAAUAAAAAUAUGCCUUUAAA